GGCAGGGAGGAGGACAGUCGCGUUGUUUCCCGUGUGGUAGUGAUUUCAUGUGGAGGCAGAAGAAAGCGACCCAGAAAAGCAGCGAGCUCGUCUUUCCCUGAGACGGAUUUUAUUUAUUGUCUCCCCGCAAAAUGUGUACUCCGUGUUGUAUCUCGCAGCUGGCCUGCUGCUGCGGCUCAGCGGCCUGCUCGUGCUGCUGUAAUUGCUGCCCCAAGAUCAAACAGUCCACGGGGACCCGAAUCAUGUACGCCCUUUACUUCCUGUUGGUCACCAUCAUCUGUGUCAUCAUGAUGUCCCCCACUGUGGAAAAGGAGUUGAGAGACCAUAUCCCCUUCUACAGCGAAUUGUGUGAGAAGAUAAAUGCAGGAGAAAACUGCCAAACCCUGGUUGGCUACUCCGCCGUCUACAAGAUGUGCUUUGGCAUGGCCUGCUUCUUUGCAUUCUUCGCUCUCUUCACCAUACGAGUCAACAACAGCAAGGGCUGCAGGGCAGCCAUACAUAACGGGUUCUGGUUGCUGAAGUUUAUUUUAUUGGCGGCAUGCUGCGCUGGAGCUUUUUUCCUUCCACAAGAGGACACCUUUCUGGAAGUGUGGCGCUACGUAGGAGCCGCUGGUGGGUUCAUUUUCCUGCUCAUCCAGCUCAUGCUGUUGGUGGAGUUUGCUCACAGAUGGAACACAAACUGGAGUUCGGGAGUAAAAUAUAACAGGAUGUGGUAUGCUGCUCUGGCCUUCGUGACUCUGGUGCUGUUCAGUGUUGCAGUAGGAGCCGUGAUCUUCAUGGGUCUGUUCUACACCCACCCUGAGGCCUGUUUACUUAACAAAAUCUUCCUGGGCAUCAAUGGCAGCCUCUGCCUCAUCGUUUCCCUGCUGGCCAUCUCCCCAUGCAUACAGAAACUGCAGCCCACAUCAGGCCUGUUGCAGCCAGGAGUCAUCAGUGUGUACGUCAUGUACCUCACCUUCUCAGCCUUCUCCAGCAAACCAAAAGAAAUGGUGGAGAAAGAUGGUAUGAACACAACCGUGUGUGUGUUUCCCUUGAACGCUGGGUCGGAGAGCGACAAGAAGAUUGUCACCGCUGUGGGAACCGUUAUCCUGUUUGGCUGCAUCCUUUACUGCUGCUUGACUUCCACCACCAGGCGAAGCUCUGCAGCGCUCAGGGUGUGUAGGAACGAUGAACAACCAGAGACUGAGAGAGCUCGAUGCUGUUUUUGUUUUGGAGAUGACACAGAUGACUACGAUGAGGAGAAGACUGGUGCAGGCCAGAAUGUGGUGUAUGAUGAGAAAGAGGGAACGAUCUACGGCUACGCCUAUUUCCACUUUGUCUUCUUCCUGGGUUCCCUUUAUGUCAUGAUGACCAUCACCAACUGGUUUCAUUACAGUGACCAUAAGAUUGAGAAGCUGUUGGAGGGGAGCUGGUCAGUGUUCUGGAUCAAGAUGGCCUCCUGCUGGGUCUGCCUCAUCCUUUACAUAUGGACCCUCAUUGCUCCUAUGGUCUGCCCGAAGCGUUUUGAGGCCUAGGACACACAUCAGUGCGCUGGGAUCAGGUUACUCUGAUUCUUGGGAUGUGGGCAGGCAGAAGCUCUCACUCUGAACCAAGGGACCACCACAGCCCCCCAUUACAUUAAAAUACAACCCUACACUACCCUCAGCAUUUGAAAUGGAGGAUUAUCUGUUGCCUUUUGUUUUAUAUGCUAGCGUUUAUUUUACGUUGUUUGACAAUGUUAAGUUGUUAAUACCUCGAUGGUAAUUUUUAAUUUUCUAUUCUUUACUACCACUGACUUCUGGAGUUUUGUAUCACUUAGAGGUUUGAAAUUACAUAGAGAGUAAUUGGAGGAGUUACUCUGGGAAACACGAGAAGCAUCCAGACCCUAUGGAUUCCCUGGUAAUUUCAAACUUGAAAGUGCAUUUUGUAAAUGUUUCCUGUGUGUGUCAGUUUUUAUUGGAUUCUUGCUUUUACUGUCAGCCAGACAUUUCAGUUCUGUACAGUUAUACCAUAAAGUUGUAGCAAAGUUUUGGGACAAAUUUAUUUCAAGUUAAGAGAUGUUAUGAGAGAAACUGUAUUUAUUCAUGUGUGGCUUAAUUAAUCAAAGAAAGAAAGUGGUGUACAUUGAAUUAGAUUUGGCCCUGACUCUGUUUAAAAACUCAUCUCUCAGGCUCAUGUGUAAGCUGUAUAUGUUCAUGCUUUGUUAUAUUUCCCUCUUUUGUAGACGUUUUCUAUGCAACGGAACAAACUCUUUUCAAUAUUAGAUACCCAGUGUUGUGAAGUUUCCACUUAGAUCACAAGGAUGUUUCAGAUUUUAUUAAUGUCAGUGCUCCCUUUGAGCCAAAUCUUUUCUUAGGAAAAUCCAUGUCAUAUGUACAACAUUUCCAGUCAUCGUCAUCGUUGUACAGGGCAGUGCUCUUCCAAUGAACCUGCCUUACUUAAGAGUGUCGUUAGUGGAGUGCCGCCUCUCUGGAAGAGCUGCAGUGACACAGAUGAGGAAUGUUUGCCAAAGGUAGAUGUCAGAAAACAAACUAUCAGAUUGUUUGGUCUGUUACAAAAAAAAGUAACUGAGAACAUAAUGUAUUUGCAUGCACACACAGACACUUAAGCUGUUUAGCUGUUUUCUGUACUGUCAUAAAGGCUUUUUGCCUUGUCUUUGUUACAUGUGUCAGCUCAUAAUGGUGGUCAGAAUAAGGUAGCAUGAAUGCUUUUAUUAGUGCAUUAUUCAACACUGGAUGUUGACUUUACUGCCGAAUUAAAAUUCAGACAAAGACACCUUCACCUGUUUGUUGCCUGUGUAACAUUUUUUUUUUUGUAUUGUAUGAAAAUAGAAUAUAUUGCACAUUGUCAUCUGCAAUGUGCAAUAUAUUUUGUUUCUCACUCAUCAUCAAUAAACCAAUAUGUUCUUUUGUCUAAUUGUAUUCCUAACAUAUGUACAUUUUGGCUAACGUUCUGUGAUCUGUGGAAAUUUUGAUUUGAAUUAUGCUUUGUAUAUCUCAGUCCUUCAUGUGACCUAUCUUUUUUUUGGGAUCUGCAUUUGAACUAUGGAUAUGAAUGUAGAAAUUAAAUGGUGCUCAGCCGCUUUGAUAUCAGAUAAUUAAAAUUAAAACCACACAGCAGGACCCACUGUGAAGGCUGUAUAAACCCAUAAUCUGCAGAAACAUUAUUUGACCAAGUUGUAUGUUUCAAAUACAGAGAUGUGGAUGCUGUGCAGUUCACAUUGUUCACACUCUUUCAUUAAACCAUCAAUUAAAUGCCA